GACUCUCUGGAUCCCUGCGGCUGAUAGGUGGAGGGAGCCGCUGUGACGGGCGAGUGGAGAUGCCUCUGAAUGGGACGUGGGUCCGAGUCCUGGAUGACCAGUGGGACCUGAACGAUGCCAGCGUGGUGUGCCGGCAGCUCCAGUGCGGAGAGGCAGAGCAAGUCUACAACCCGCCAAAGCCUGAGCGAGGAACGGGCUCUGUGGGGCUAAGAAGGGUCCAGUGUGCAGGGAAGGAGAGUCACCUGACCCUCUGCAACACCUCCCUGCCUGCGGCAGCGCCUGCAGGAAUUGCCGAGGACGUGGGGGUGGUUUGCUCGGGUGCUGCGGAGGUGAGGCUAGAGGAUGGAGACAGCCGCUGUGCUGGAAGAGUGGAGGUGAAACACCAAGGCCAAUGGGGGACCGUGUGUGAUGAUUACUGGGACAUGGAAGAUGCCGCUGUAGUUUGUAAGCAGCUGGACUGUGGGUCUGCUCUCCAAGCCCCUCAGAAGGGAUAUUUUGGGCCAGGAUCAGGCUCAAUUUGGCUAGACUCU